GCUGAUCACUGUCACUUAUCGGGUAAAUUUCGACAAACAUUGUGUAAUACCUGCAACCUCAAGCUUCAAACACCAAAUUUUGUACCAUGUUUUUUUCACAAUUUAUCGAAUUAUGAUGCACAUUUUAUUGUAACUGAACUCGGUCUCGAUGUGAAAAAAAUUUCUGUUAUACCAAACAGUGAAGAAAAAUUCAUCUCAUUUUCAAAACACGUUUCCAAUAACUUUUCAAUACGGUUCAUCGACACAUUAAGAUUUAUGGCUUCAAGUUUAUCAACACUCUCGGAAAAUUUAUUAACACCAGGGUUCGAAAAGUUUAGAGAAACAGCUAAACAUUUUAAUGCCGCAGACUUGCCACUCGUUACUCGUAAAGGUGUUUACCCUUAUGAGUAUACGGAUGGUUGGAACAAGCUGGAGCAAACCCAUUUACCAGAGAAAGCAGAUUUCUACAUUACACUAACAGAAUCACAUAUACAAGAAGAAGAUUAUGAACAUGCAAAAACUGUUUGGAGUCACUUUGGUUGCAAGACUUUGGGUGAAUACAGUGAUCUAUAUCUGAAAAUUGAUGUUUUAUUGUUGGCUGACGUGUUUGAGAACUUCAGAGACCUAUGUUUAACCACAUACUGUUUGGACCCAUCUUUUUACUAUACAGCACCAGGAUUCUCCUUUGAUUGUAUGUUAAAAUAUACCAGAGUCAAAUUAGAGUUACUCACUGAGUAUGAUAUGCUGCUGAUGAUUGAAAAGGGAAUUCGAGGCGGUUUGACACAAGCAAGUAUGAGGUAUGCUAAAGCUAAUAAUGAAAAGACCCUAGAUUAUGAUCCAACAAAGUCCAAAUCAUGGUUAAUUUAUCAAGAUUGUAAUAAUCUGUACGGUUGGGCAAUGUCACAACACAUGCCCUAUGGUGGUUUUAAGUGGGUUGAACCUAAACUAGAAGGGCUGAAUGAUUUGAACGAUACAUCACCCAUCGGACGGAUAUAUGAAGUUGACAUUACUUAUCCGAAAGAACUCCAUGAUAAACACAACGACUUACCUUUCCUUCCUCAAAACGGUAUCCCAGCUGGUUCAAAAGUUAAAAAACUCAUGGCAACACUUCAGUCGAAAAAAAACUAUAUUAUUCAUUACCGAAACCUUCAGCAAGCUUAGCCAAUGGACUCAUAGUUGAAAAAGUUCAUAGAGUAGUUCAGUUUAAUCAAUCACCAUGGCUGGCUCCAUACAUAGCACUAAACACAGAGAUGCGAAAAAAAGCAGCAAAUGACUUUGAGAAAGACUUUUUCAAACUUUUAAAUAAUGCGGUUUUUGGGAAAACCAUGGAGU